CUAUUUAUAAUUCCCACUUUCAACAGCUAGAGAAUAGCAACCAAAAUGCCUUUAGCGAAGUUAUUGAACACUGUGAAAACUAGGUCCGCUCAAGGAAACAAAUCGUUCUUUGCCUUGGUUGCAUACAGAGCAACUCCGGUUUCCUUCAAUUGCAAAAGUGGAUCAAACAAUUUCUGGAAUAAAAAGUGUUCAUCCAGAUCUUACUCUACCAGAUCAACUGUUAUACAGUUACUAAACAAUAUUGGUUCCAAGCGUGAGGUUCAACAAUAUUUGAAAUAUUUUACAUCCGUUUCACAACAACAAUUUGCCGUCAUCAAAGUCGGUGGUGCGAUUAUCACUCAACAAUUACCGCAAUUGGCGUCGUGUCUUGCAUUUCUUUAUCACUUGGGUCUUUAUCCUAUAGUUUUGCAUGGUACAGGUCCCCAAAUCAAUGAAAUUCUGGAGAAUGAAGGAAUAGAACCUGAUUACAUUGAUGGUAUUAGAAUAACUGAUCCUAAAACCAUGGGAGUUGUUAGAAAAUGUUUCCUGGAGCAAAAUUUGAAACUAGUUACCGCUUUAGAAAAGAUGGGUGUCAAAGCUCGACCAAUCACAGGUGGUGUUUUCAAUGCACACUAUCUUGAUGAGAAAAAAUAUAAACUAGUUGGUCAGAUAGACUCGAUAAAUAAAGAACCGAUUGAAGCUUCAAUCAGAGCGGGUGCUUUGCCAAUUUUGACUUCCUUAGCAGAGACAUCUUCAGGUCAAUUAUUGAAUGUUAAUGCUGAUAUUGCUGCAGGUAUGGUUGCCAAAGAGUUUAAACCUUUGAAGAUCGUCUACUUAAAUGAAAAGGGCGGUAUUAUUAAUGGUACUACUGGUGCAAAAGUUAGCGCCAUCAACUUGGAUGAAGAGUAUGAGGAGUUAUUGAAAGAACCAUGGGUUAAGUAUGGUACCAAGUUGAAGAUAAAAGAAAUUCGUGAUUUGUUAAUGCACCUACCACGCUCAUCAUCCGUCGCAAUCAUCAAUGUUGACGAUUUACAGAAGGAACUUUUCACUGAUUCUGGUGCAGGAACAUUAAUCCGUCGUGGCUAUAAAUUAACUGCUUAUGAUGACCUUUCAAAAGUAAACACUACUUUGUUGAAGAGUAAGAUGGCCGAUGAAGUCAAUGACGUUGAUGAAUACAUUGCCUCUUUAACUCCAGGUACUUUCCGUUUAUAUGCGGAUGAACCUAUGGAAGUUUUGGCUGUUGUCAAGAAAUCUUCUGAUGGUUCGAUUUCCAAGCUUGAUAAGUUGGUUGUUUCCAAGUCAGGAUGGUUAAACAAUGUCACAGAUAACAUUUUCAGACUAUUGGAAAAAGAUUUCCCAAAUUUGUAUUGGAUCAUUCCAGAGACCGACGAAAACAUGUCCUGGUUUUUUGCAAAAUCUCAAGGCUCCUACACCAAGCCUGGUGAGGUUCUUUUUUGGUACGGUAUUAACGAUCUAAACAAAGCCACAGAUUUGAUCAACAACUUCGUUGGGAACCAAACCUCCACUUGCACAAGCAAUGUUUUUGCAUCAAAAACUCAAACUCGUAAAUUUCAUUCUUCCAGAUUCAAUUUUGGUUCUAAAAAGGUUGCACUUAUAGGUGCCCGUGGCUACACUGGACAGAACUUGAUCUCUUUGUUGAACAAGCAUCAAGAUUUAGACGUUGGUUACGUUUCUUCCCGUGAACUUGCUGGUAAAAACUUACAAGGGUAUGAGAAGGCCCAUAUCAAAUACUCGAAUCUUUCCUUUGAUGAUAUCAAGCGGAUUGAAGAAGCUGGGGAGAUUGACAUGUGGAUAAUGGCAUUACCAAACAAAGUUUGCAAACCUUUUGUCGAAGCUAUUGAAGAAGUGAAGGGUAAAGGUAAGAUUAUCGACUUGGGUGCUGAUUUCAGAUUUGAUGAAACCGGUAAGUGGACUUACGGAUUGCCUGAAUUAAAAGGCCGUGAGGGUAUCAUGAUGGCAGAUAGGAUUUCAAAUCCAGGUUGUUAUGCGACUUGCGCACAACUCUCUCUUGCACCAAUGAAGGAAUACUUCAGCUUUACCUCCAAGCCUAACAUUUUCGGUGUUAGUGGAUAUUCUGGUGCCGGAACCAAACCGUCCAACAAAAAUGAUCCAAAUUUCUUGAAGGACAAUAUGAUUCCUUAUGCUCUAACGGAUCACAUUCAUGAAAGAGAAGUUGGAUUUCAACUUGGUAAUGGUGUCUCCUUCAUGCCACAUGUUGGAUCUUGGUUCCAAGGUAUUGCAAUGACUGUGAACAUACCAUUGAAGGAAAAUCACGGUUUGACCGCCGAAAAGGUUGAGGAAAUAUACAAAGAAUUCUACAAGGGCGAGAAGUUGGUUAAGAUUCUCGGUGAAGAAAUUCCAUUAGUUCGUGAUAUUAGUGGUCAGCAGGGUUGUGCCAUUGGUGGUUUCAAACUCAGCGAGGCUGGCGACAGACUUGUUGUUGUAGGAUGUAUUGACAACUUACUCAAGGGUGCAAGUACUCAAUGUUUACAGAACAUGAACCUUGCUCUAGGAUAUGAUGAAUAUGAAGGUAUUCCUUCUUUUUAAGACUUUUUAAGCCGUUCUCCUAAAAACUAUAUACGCUAAAUUACAAAUUAUAAACAUGAAACUAAAGCUAUCGGUAA